CAAAAAUGCGGUCAUAUGUGUGGCCACUAUUGGUGGCCGCGUUUAUGGCGGGCGCCGACGGCCAGUACCUGACAAAAGCCGAGCGCAAGUUAAAAGUGAAUUCGUUGGACUGUUUUCAUACAUACAAUGAGAGUAUUUAUGAGUACGAGUUCGAGACAAUCGAUGGCCAGCGGAACGUAUCGCUCGGCGAUUACCGCAACCAUACGCUACUCAUCCUGAAUGCACUCAAACAGCAAUUUUCAAACAAAUUAUUUGAAAUCAUAGCCUUUCCAUGCAAUCAAUUCGGAAUGCAAGAACCGGGCGGUUCGGGCGCCGAGAUUCUCAAUGGCAUCAAAUACGUGCGUCCGGGCAAUGGAUUUGAGCCAAACUUUUUAUUUUCCAAAAAGAUUGAUGUGAACGGCGAUAAAGAGCACCCGAUUUACUCAUAUCUUAAGAGAUCCUGUCCUUCAACUCAAACUGAAUUCAGUGGAAGAGAUCGACUCUUUUAUGAUAAACUACACGUACGGGACGUGCGAUGGAAUUGGGAAAAGUUUUUAAUACAUCCCACUUCUGGACAACCCAUCAGACGAUAUGACGCCAGUCUUGAGCCCCACAACAUCGCCACUGAUAUCGCGAAGAUUGCCUUAAACCGCACCACAACUGGUCCUAUCAAUAACGCCAUUCAGACUAGACUU